GUGCACCCGUACCUGUCUCUGCAGCAGCUGGACGUGGUGAGCUCGCCCCGGACACGCGCCUUCCUGGCAGGCGCGAGCAACACGCUCUUCUUGCACAAGAGACCGCUCUAUGCCCUCCACACAGCAGCAGCCACUCUAACGGCCCCUCGUCCAUGUCGUUGGUGAUACCCACGCCCCUGGACGUGUGGGUGGAGGGCGUGGGGUGGUCUGGGGGCGAGGAGUGGCUACGGCAUCAGUUCAGAGUUUAUCUCCUUACUAUGCUCCGGACUUCUCUUCUGCCUGGUGGGUGA